AUGCGGAGGGUCUACUGGAGAUCACUUUAUCGCCAUCGACUGGGGAUCCGGUGGCACGCCACAACUAGCCCAUGUACUUCCUUGGACGAUUCAAGACAUCUACCGUCAGCCGCUGCCGCCUCUCGCAUAUCGUAUUGGAAGCGCAUCCCGGCGUGGAGUGAGGUCACUGAGAGUGAAUUCAUAGAUUACAAAUGGCAGAUGAAAAACUCUCUCCAAUCCCCUAAGGCGUUACUCAAUUUCCUCGCCGCUGUUCUACCAUCUGAGAUCCGUUCUUCAUCCACACAGGGUUAUGUCACGCGUGCUGAAUUUAUUGCCGAUGUUGCAACUGGGAUGAAAAAGGCGCCAAUGGCAGUCCGACUGACACCCCAUAUCUUGUCCCUGAUUAACUGGAAGGAGGCCUAUUCAGAUCCAAUUCGGAGACAGUUUAUCCCCAUCGCCUCCUCUUUUAAACCGGAUCAUCCCCAACUUCAGCUAGACUCAUUGCAUGAAACGCAUGACUCCCCCGUCAAGGGCCUAGUGCACCGUUACCCGGACAAAAAUGACUCGUACUUAGCAACAUCGGUCUGCCCCGUUUACUGUCGAUUUUGUACACGCUCCUAUUCGGUGGGACAGCAAACUGAAACCGUGUCCAAGAAACGUUUUCUUCCUUUACAGAAAUACUGGGAGCCGAUGUUUGAGUAUAUCGCAAGAACACCGGAAGUAACGGAUGUUGUAGUUUCUGGCGGUGACACCUUCUUCCUUGAGCCUUCACAGUUGCGGGAAAUUGGGACCACACUUCUAGGGAUUGACCAUAUUCGCCGAAUCCGAUUCGCAAGCAAGGGACUGUCAGUUUGUCCUUCACGGAUCCUAGAUCCAAGCGAUGAAUGGACGCGGGUCCUGAUUGAGAUCAGUAAUCGAGGACGAGAGAAGGGAAAGAAUAUAGCCCUCCACACGCACUUCAACCAUCCCCAAGAAAUAUCAUGGAUCACUGAGCAAGCGGCUCAGAAGCUGUUUCACAAUGCUGUGACCGUUCGGAAUCAGACUGUCUUGCUUAAUAAAGUGAACAACAAUGUCCCUACUAUGAAGCGGUUAAUUCGAAAAUUAGCGGACAACAAUAUCCAGCCGUACUAUGUCUACCAAGGGGAUAUGGUUCAAGGCGUUGAGGAUUUGCGUACGCCGCUCCGUGAUAUCCUCCACAUAGAAUCCCACAUUCGAGGCACAAUCGCUGGGUUUAUGACGCCAUCUUUCGUCGUAGAUCUCCCCGGGGGUGGAGGAAAGCGUCUGGCGUCAACGUUUGAGAGUUAUGAUACGAGAACUGGAGUAUCUAGGUUUCUUGCGCCUGGCGUCAAGGGCAAUACAGUUCAUCAGUACUACGAUCCAUUGUGGUCAUUGCCUGAGGGGAGCCAAACGCUAUAA